GAUCGAGACCGGCAAGAUGGCGGCGGACACGCAGGUUUCGGACACUCUGAAGAAGUUUGCUGUGAAAGUGACCACGUCCAGCGUGAAGGAACGGAAGGACAUCCUCGGGGAGCUGAAGCAUUGCAUCAGUGGGAAAGAGCUGCCAGAGCCGGCCAUUAAAGGCCUGUGCAAACUCUUCUGCCUGACCCUCCAUAGAUACAGAGAUGCAGCGUCUCGGCGAGCGGUGGUGUCCGUCAUCGACCUGCUGGCGCAGUCCCAGCCUGACGUCAUCGCGGCCAACCUGCCAUCCUGCCUGCUCAACAGCGGCGUCAUCAGCAAGAGUGGCACCCCAGGGAAGUGCACGGCCUCCUCCGCCACCAUGGCGGUGGCCUGGACAUGCCUGCUGGUGAAGGCCGUCUUCCCCACCGCCGACAAGCGAGAGGGGCCUCAGUGGAAGAAACUGGUUGAGGUGCAGUCUCUCCUAUUGGCUGAGGUGGUGGGAGGGGCUUCCCGAAACGCCUCAAAGUCAGUACUGAAGUACCUGAGCAGGCUCUGGAAGGAGCACCCAGGGAUGGUGGACCAGUAUCUGAGUACGCUGCUGGGGUUGGACCCCAGCCCCAGCUCACUGGCUCUGCUCGGUGUGUGUAUCGACUUCUGCACCGCCCAGAAGGACAUCGCCACCAUCGACAAGCACAAGGGGGCGCUGUUGGAGCUGUACGUGAAGACGGUUCUCAUGAGUAAGAGUGUUCCCCACCAGCACAUCCUGGAGAGGAGUGGCUCUGUACUGCGUCACGUGACACACACGGAGUUUAAGGAGCAGCUGCUGCCAACGCUACAGAAGGCCAUGCUGCGGAGCCCAGAGAACUGCAUGCAGACCAUCUCCUGCCUCCUGGCCUCCCUCACCCUGGACCUCAGCCAGUACGCCAAGGACAUCGGCAAGGGCAUCGCCAGCCAGCUGAAGGCUAAUAACCCGGUUCUGAUGGAGCAGGCGGUCCAGGCUCUGCAGAACCUGGCCCAGCAGUGCAGCGACCCCAGCGCUGUCCAGGACCUCACCGCUCACCUCUUCGCCAUCCUCGGAGGCUCUGAGGGGAAGCUUACUGUUGUGGCGCAGAAAAUGAAUGUUCUCUCAGGCAUUGGAAGCUGCAGUCAUCAUGCGGUGUCAGGCUCAUCCAGUCAGACUCUUAAUUCAAGCGUGGCCCUGCUCUUCGUCCCCUACCUGCAGCAAGAAGUGCACGAGGGCACGCUGGUGCACGCGGUGUCCGUGCUGGCUCAGUGGACGGGCCGGCUGACGGUGGAGGUGCCCUCUGGCCUGAAGGACUGGCUCAAGAAGGCCUUCACCCUCAAGACCUCCACCUCACCUGUGCGCCACGCCUACCUGCAGGCCAUGCUCGGCGCCUACAAAGGUGACACCCUGAGCCAGGCGGUUGAUUUCGCUCCUCUCCUCAUCCAGACGGUGGAGAAGACCGCCGCUCAGAGUUCCCAGCAUGCAUUGCUGGCAGAGGGGGCGGCUGCUGCUGUGCUUCUGUGUCGGCUCUCCCAGCUGGAUACACUGAGUGAGUCUAAGCUGGCCACCUUCUGGAAACUGGUGCUGGAUGAGAAGAAGCCUCUCUUCACCACAGAGAAGUUUCUAUCACAAGCCAACGACGAAGCCUUGUGUACGGUUCUGCAGCUGUGUGAGAGACUGUUCCUGGACCAGCCUCACCGACUCAACAACAGCAAGUCCCAGAUGUACCAGCAGGCGGUGGUGGCGGCGCUGUUGUCACGGAGCUGGCGCGUACGCAAACGAGCUCAGCAGAGCAUCAAGAAGCUGCUCUCCUCUCUGGGCGGGGCAGGCCUGGCGCACGGCAUCAUGGGAGAACUGUGCGCCGUCAUCACCAAACACAAGGUUCUGCCCGCUGACGCGCUGCUGUCGGACACCGGCGAGCUGACGGAGGUGGGCCGGGCCUACGUUCCCCCGCGGAACCUUCUGGAGGCGCUGAGUGUGAUCUGCUCAGUGGCUGGCCAGUGGAACGACCCCUCGGAGACAGAGAAGCUGGCCAUGGAGGCCCUCAUCGUGUCCCAUCAACCCUCCAUCAUGGUGGCACGCUCCGACCUGUGGCCUCUCCUGCUGUCCAGCAUGAACCUGAACGCCAAAGAGUUCAUCGACACACACCUGGAUGACAUCAUGCCUCUUCUGCUGCAGGGUAGCGCAGAAGACACACAGGCUGUACGGAAUGCUGCUGGCUCUCUCUCCAUUCUCUCUCCGUCUAAACUCCUCCCGCGCAUCAUGGAUCACGUGAUCAAGCGCCUGGCCAAUCCUGCGCUGGGACAGGUCACCCGUGACGAGUACGCCAUUAUGAACACGCCAGAGGGAGAGCUCUAUGACAAGAGCGUCAUCCAAAGUGCUCAGCAGGAGAGUGUUAAGAAGGGCAAUAUGAAGCGUGAGAAUAAGGCCUACUCCUUCAAAGAGCAGAUCAUCGAGCUGGAGCUCCAGGAGGAGAUCAAGAAGAAGAAGGGUAUUAAGGAGGAGGUGCAGCUCACCAGUAAGCAGAAGGAGAUCAUGCAGAACCAGCUGGAGAAGGAGACCGCCGUCCGCAAGAGGCUGCAGGGGCUGGACAUGGAGCUGCAGUACCACGUGGGCCUGUUGGAGGCGCUGCUGAGCAGCCGUCCCCCUCAGUUGGCGUGGCAACUGCCGAGCGUGCUGCAGGCCAUGCUGCCCCUCCUCCACUCCCCCCUGGCCGCUCCGCGCCUCCGCAAGGCCUUCCUGGACAUGGGGGUCAGCCUCAUGCCCAAGGACAUGCGCAACCUGGCGGUCCUGGUUGGUCAUGUGACCCUGCGUCUGCUGAAGCCGGAGUGUGAGCUGGACCCAGCCUGGGAUGAGGAGGAGCUGACCACCGCCACCCAACGCACUGUACUCAUGCUGUACACAUACACUGUGCCCCAGAGAGAGGGCAAGACUGAGGUCCACCCUCUGUCUGCGCCGGCGUUCUCCUUCUGCUUCCCGCUGCUGCAGGCGGUGCUGAGUCAGAGCAGCGGCUCCAGCGAGGAGACGGAGUUCAUGAUGACGCGCGCCCUGCAGGUCCUCAACCAGCACGCACAGCUCCGCAGCCAGCUAGACGACGCCGACAAUCUCAUCGACGAGGAUGGACCUGAGCUGCUCCCCAGAGUGGCCAUGCUGAUGCUCCUCACCAAAGUUAUUGGCACCUCCAUCCCCCGCUUGCAGGUGCUGGCGUCGGGCUGCCUGACGGCUCUGUGUGAGAGUGCAGGAGGAGCGGAGGGCUGUACGCUGGCAGAGCAGCCAGAGGUGGACGUGCUGCUGGGAGCCCUGCUGUCCCCAUGCUUCCCCGUUAGAGACGCCGCACUCAGGGGUCUGCUGGAGAUGAAGAUGGCGUUGCCCACGGACAGCGUUGACCCUAACGGGUUGAAGGUGCUGCGGCGACUCUGGGUGGCGCGCUUCGACGUGGAGGAGGAAGGGGGCGCUCUCGCUGAGAAGAUAUGGGAGUCUCUGUGUCUGGAGCUGGUUCCUGAGCUGUGCUCGCUGCUGAUUGGUGACGUGACUCAUCACGAGGAGGCGGUGCGUUCGGCGGGGGCGGAGGCUUUGUCCACGGCCGUCAGCGAGUACUGCGACCAGUCGCCCACCGUCCUCGCUCAGCUCACCGAGCUCUACCACCAGAAGCUAUACAGACCUCCUCCUGUUCUGGAUGCAUUGGGACGUGUCAUCUCUGAAGCUCCUCCUGACCAGUGGGAAGCCAGGUGUGGAAUAGCCCUGGCGCUGAAUAAGCUGGCCCAGUAUCUGGACGAGUCUCAGGUCACUCCGCUCUUCCUGUUCUUCGUGCCCGACGCGCUGAACGACCGACACACAGAGGUCCGGCGCUGCAUGCUGGACGCUGCGCUGUCUGCCCUCAACACACACGGCAAGGACAAUGUGAACUCGCUGCUGCCGGUGUUUGAGGAGUUCCUGAAGGAUGCGCCGCAGGACGCGAGCUACGACUCCGUACGCCAGAGCGUGGUCAUCCUCAUGGGCUCGCUGGCCAAGCAUCUGGACAAGAGUGACCCCAAAGUCAAGCCCAUCGUCGCCAAGCUCAUCACCGCACUCUCCACACCCUCUCAACAGGUGCAAGAGUCGGUGGCGAGCUGCCUGCCGCCGCUGGUGCCGGCCAUCAAGGAGGACGCGGGGGGCAUGGUGCGCAAGCUGCUGCAGCUGCUGCUGGAGAGCGACAAGUACGCCGAGCGCAAGGGCGCCGCCUACGGCCUCGCCGGACUGGUCAAGGGCCUGGGCAUCCUGUCGCUCAAGCAGCAGGACAUCAUGACCACGCUGACCGACGCCAUCCAGGACAAGAAGAACUUCAGGAGGAGAGAAGGUGCCCUGUUUGCGUUUGAGAUGCUGUGCAACAUGCUGGGGAAGCUGUUUGAGCCCUACGUGGUGCACGUGCUGCCUCACCUGCUGCUCUGCUUCGGAGACGGGAACCAGUACGUCAGAGAGGCUGCAGAUGACUGUGCCAAGGCGGUCAUGAGGAACCUGAGUGCCCACGGGGUGAAGCUGGUGCUGCCCUCUCUGCUGGUGGCGCUGGAGGAGGAGUCCUGGAGGACCAAAGCAGGGUCUGUGGAGCUGCUGGGUGCGAUGGCCUUCUGCGCCCCUAAGCAGCUGUCGUCGUGUCUGCCCAGCAUCGUACCCAAGCUCACGGAGGUGCUGACCGACUCGCACGUUAAGGUCCAGAAGGCCGGACAGCAGGCCCUGAGACUGAUCGGCUCCGUCAUCCGCAACCCCGAGAUCCAGGCGAUCACGCCGAUCCUAUUGGACGCGCUGACCGACCCCUCCCACAGGACGCACCACUGCCUGCAGACGCUGCUGGAGACCAAGUUCGUCCACUUCAUCGACGCGCCGUCUCUGGCCCUCAUCAUGCCCAUCGUGCAGCGCGCCUUCCAGGACCGCUCCACCGACACGCGCAAGAUGGCCGCCCAGAUCAUCGGCAACAUGUACUCCCUCACCGACCAGAAGGACCUGUCUCCAUACCUGCCUAGUGUCAUCCCUGGACUCAAAACCUCUCUGCUGGACCCAGUGCCCGAGGUGCGUACGGUGUCGGCGAAGGCUCUGGGCGCCAUGGUGAAGGGGAUGGGCGAGUCCUGCUUCGACGACCUGCUGCCCUGGCUCAUGGAGACGCUCGCGUCCGAACAGAGCUCAGUGGACCGCUCCGGGGCUGCACAAGGUCUGGCGGAGGUCAUCGCUGGGCUGGGCGUGGAGAAGCUGGAUAAGUUGAUGCCGGACGUGGUCCAGACGGCCAGUAAGGUGGACAUUGCGUCUCACGUGCGCGACGGCUACAUCAUGAUGUUCAUCUACCUGCCGCUCACUUUUGGGGACAAGUUCACGCCCUACGUGGGACCCAUCAUCCCCUGCAUCCUCAAGGCGUUGGCGGAUGAGAACGAGUAUGUGCGGGACACAGCACUGCGAGCAGGUCAGCGCAUCAUCAGCAUGUACGCCGAGACCGCCAUCGCUCUGCUGCUGCCCGAGCUGGAACAGGGGCUCUUCGACGACCUCUGGAGGAUCAGGUUCAGCUCAGUGCAGUUGCUAGGAGACCUGCUGUUCCACAUCUCCGGUGUGACGGGUAAGAUGACCACAGAGACGGCGUCCGAGGAUGACAACUUUGGUACCGCCCAGUCCAACAAGGCGAUCAUCGGUGCGCUGGGUCCAGAGAGGCGUAACCGGGUGCUGUCGGGGCUGUACAUGGGCCGCUCGGACACCCAGCUGGUGGUGCGGCAGGCCUCGCUCCACGUCUGGAAGAUCGUGGUGUCCAACACGCCCCGCACACUCAGAGAGAUCCUGCCCACGCUCUUCAGCCUGCUGCUGGGCUUCCUGGCCUCCACCUGCCCCGACAAGAGAACGAUUGCAGCGCGUACGCUGGGGGAUCUGGUGAGGAAGCUGGGAGAGAAGAUCCUUCCGGAAAUCAUCCCCAUCCUGGAGGAGGGACUCCGCUCGGACAAGAGCGAUGAGAGGCAGGGCGUGUGCAUCGGCCUCAGCGAGAUCAUGAAGUCCACCAGCAAGGACGCUGUGCUGGUGUUCUCGGAGUCGCUGGUGCCCACGGUGCGUAAGGCGCUGUGUGACCCGCUGGAGGAGGUGCGUGAGGCGGCCGCCCAGACCUUCGAGCAGCUGCACGCCACCAUCGGGCACCAGGCGCUCGACGACAUCCUGCCCGCCCUGCUCAAGCAGCUGGACGAUGAGGAGACGGCUGAGUUUGCGCUGGAUGGCCUGAGGCAGGUGAUGGCGGUCAAGAGUCGCUCGGUGCUGCCCUACCUGGUGCCCAAGCUGACGGCUCCCCCAGUGAACACGCGUGUGCUGGCCUUCCUGUCGGCCGUGGCAGGAGAUGCUCUCACGCGCCACCUAGGGGUCAUCCUGCCCGCACUGCUCUCCUCACUCAAGGACAAGCUGGGCACCGACGAGGCUCCGCAGGAGCUGUCCAGCUGCCAGACGGUGAUUCUGUCGGUGGAGGACGAGGUGGGCCAGCGCAUCAUCAUCGACGACCUGCUGGAGGCCACGCGUGGGCCGGACCCGGGCCUGCGCCAGGCGGCGGUCACGCUGCUCAACGGCUACUUCGCGCGCACGCGCCUGGACCACAGCGCGCACACGCGCAACCUGCUGUCCGGCCUCAUCCACCUGCUCAACGACUCCAACCCAGAGGUGCUCAGCCAGAGCUGGGACGCCAUCAACGCCAUCACCAAGAAACUGGACGCAUGCACCCAGCUGACCCUGAUAGACGACCUUCACAGAGACAUUCGCUCAGUGUCCACAGAGGUCAAAGGUGAACAUCUGCCCGGAUUCUGCUUACCCAAGAAGGGCGUGACGUGCAUCCUGCCGGUGCUGAGGGAGGGCGUUCUAAACGGCAGUCCGGAGAUGAAGGAGGAGGCGGCGCGCGCGCUGGGCGGGGUCAUCAAGCUGACCUCCCCCGAGGCCCUGCGGCCCUCCGUCGUCAACAUCACCGGACCCCUCAUCCGCAUCCUGGGAGACCGCUUCGCCGCCUCCGUCAAGACUGCCCUCCUGGAAACACUCACACUCCUGCUCGGCAAGGUGGGCAUUGCCCUGAAGCCCUUCCUGCCCCAGCUGCAGACCAUCUUCCUGAAGGCGCUGCAGGACUCCAGCAGGGCGGUGAGGCUCAGGGCGGCCGAGGCGCUCGGCAAGCUGGUGUCCAUCCACAGCAAAGUAGACCCCCUGUUUACAGAGCAGCUCAACGCCAUACGCAAUGCAGAGGAUUCAGGAGUCAGGGAGACCAUGCUCCAGGCCUUGCGGUUUGUGAUCCGGGGCGCUGGCUCCAAGGUGGACCCCGCUAUUCGCAAGAGCAUCAUCUCAACGCUGCUCGGCAUGCUGGGACACGACGAGGAUGCCACUCGUAUGUCGUCUGCAGGUUGCGUGGGAGAGCUGUGUGCCUUCCUGCCUGAGGAGGAGCUGAAAAAUGUCCUGCUGCAGCAUGUGCUAGCGGACAUCUCCGGUGUGGACUGGAUGGUGCGUCACGGCCGUAGUUUGGCUCUGUCCAUCGCGGUCAAGUCGGCCCCCGAGCAGCUGUCUGCAGACGAGUACAAGAGCACCCUACUGGACAUGGUGCUGGUCAACGCCACUGCAGACAGAAUUCCCAUCGCAUGCAGCGGCAUCAGGGCUAUGGGCUUCCUGAUGAGACACCAGCUCAGAACGGACGGAGAAGAAGGAGUUUCACCACGCAUCACCACGCAGUUCACCAAGUCUCUGCAGAACCAGUCCAGUGACAUCCGUCUGGUUGCGGAGCGCGUGCUGUGGUGGGUGUGGAAGGAGGCGGAGACUCCGGCGCUGGCCACGGGGCAGCUGAAGCCGCUGCUCAAGGCGCUGCUGGACAACACCAAGGACAAGAACACCACGGUCCGCGCACAGAGCGAACACACACUCGUCAGCCUGCUCCGGCUACGGCAGGGAGAGGAGCUGAUGCAGAGCAUGAGUGCCAUCCUGGACUCUGCCAGCAAUGACCUACUGUCGGACUGUCACCGCCGUUCCCUGAAGAAGAUCUCCGCUCAGCCAGAGUCCAACGAGGAGAUUGACGACACAAUCCUCACGUGAUCGCCCUAUCACGUCGCUCCAUGGACCCUUCUGCCCCAAUCAGACCACCCCAAGGAGCCGUAGUCCCGCCCGCUUUAGUUCUGGCCUGGCCUGCUCAUCACCGCUCUCCUAAAUACCCCCCCCCCCCCCCCCCACCCCCCCCCAUUCCGUUAUCAGUCUCCGUGUGAUGGAGGUUGACCACACGGUUCAGAGGAGACAUACUGUAAACACACACACUCUCUCUCUCUCUCUCUCCCCCCUUCUGGCCUCCAACCACCAAAGUGUUUGUGUCGUUCAAGAACUGACACAGAAUUGAACAGAAUGUGAAUCUGCCUUCAGUUCUCUCCACCUGAUGAUUUUCAUCUUUUUCGUUGUCAACGCCGGCGAUAGUUUCCUUGAAUGCUUUUCAUUUGUUGUACAGCCAGCUCCACUGGCGCUUCAUGAACACGCACACAAAAAGGCAAUUUAAAUAAAGAAAGAAAUUGUGCCAAGACUAAUAAAAGUCCAUUUAAAUCCAUUCUAAAAGGUUCAGGUUCAGAGCAAGUCUGAAGAAGAGAACAUGGAUUUGAUUAAAUGUGUCUACCGUGCACCUGUUUGCUUUUUCUCUUGCUGUUUUAUUUUCGAGAGUGUGAGUUUGUAAGGGGAGUGUGGGGGGGUUGUAAGGGAUAACUGAACAUUCUCUGAGAUUCGGAGGUGUCCGGGGUGAAUCUGACAAAUCAGUAUAAUGUAUCCCUUACCUGCAGAAGAGUGGUAAGACCCCUUAAUAAAGACACUUGCCUUAACUUCU